AUGGCUGAGAAUAUAACAGGGUUGUUCAUGUCAGACCUCACGGGAGCCGACAGUGACUACGGGACCUUCACACAUUCCAACCGAGAUGAUGCAUCUACGGUCGCAGCUUCUAGCAGUGGGGCAAUCCCCACCAGGAGUCCAGUUCAUACCACUCCAAAGAUAGACACGGGACCAAUAACGUGGGACGAUGCAACCUGGAUCCUCACAAGCUCCUUCAUCAUUUUCACCAUGCAAUCAGGAUUCGGCCUCCUCGAAGCUGGAGUCGUUUCCGGAAAGAACGAAGUCAACAUCAUGGUGAAGAACGCAGUGGACGUCAUCUUCGGCGGCAUAACCUUUUGGAUGUUCGGUUUCGGACUAAGUUUCGGGGAGGACCCUUACUGGAACAAUCCGUUUUGCGGAGUUGGCCAUUUCUUCGUUGACGUUCAAGACGGCGGUGACAAAAUGGGUCUGCUUUAUGCAAAUUAUAUUUUUCAACUCUCAUUCGCCACGACUGCAACUACAAUUGUUUCAGGCGCAAUGGCGGAAAGAACGAAAUUGACCUCGUACAUUAUAUUUUCCUUCUUCAAUACUGUUGUGUACUGUAUUCCUGCACACUGGAUAUGGGGGGCGAAGGGUUGGUUGAAUAGCCCCAAUGACCCUCCUUACCUAAAAUGCAUUGAUAUUGCGGGUUCCGGAGCGGUACACUUGCUUGGAGGGGUGUCCGCUCUCGUGGCUGCUCUUUUGUUGAAGCCACGGAUGGGCAGAUAUGACAAUGGAAAACUGGCACCUCCGCUCGGUAAUGCCACGAACUGUCUUGUUGGCAUGUUUAUGCUAUGGUGGGGAUGGCUUGGUUUUAACUGCGGCAGCACAUUUGGUAUCUCCGGUGGGAAGUGGAAGCUUGCAGCCAAGUCAGCUGUUACUACGAUCAAUGCAUCGAUGGCUGGUGGGGCUGUUGGAAUCAUUUACAGCUUUAUUGUAAACAAAAGAAAAUAUCACAUACCUGACCUCGUGAAUUCUGUCCUUGGUGGACUUGUGGCAGUCACAGCGUCGUGUGCUGUGGUUCGGCCCUAUGAAGCAAUUCCGAUUGGCGGUAUCGGAGGCCUUGUGGGAUGCCUCGGCACUCGAUUCUUGGACUUCCUCCAUAUCGAUGACCCUGUAGGUGCAAGUGCACUGCAUGGGUUCGGUGGCCUAUGGGGAAUGCUCGCAGUUGGUAUCUUCGGUGAUAUAGACCCGUUGGAGGACACAACCCAUGGCCAGAAGGGGCUCUUACAUGGCGGGGGAUUCAGGCUGCUCGGGGUGCAAGCACUGGCUUGUGUAGCCAUCAUAGCAUGGAGUGCGGGGUUAUCGUUCAUACUCCUCUUUACAAUCGACAAGACAUUUGGGCUCCGCCUGAGCCCCGAAGACGAGAAACUCGGCACAGACUUCACUGAGCAUGGUAUAGGCGCGGAGACUGACCUAUUUCUCAUUGAGAACAGGCGAACCAUUCAAGAGACAGGAUGCCAAACGUCCAUUUCGAUCCGCCGAAAAAGUCGCGGCGGAUUUGGAUUCCAACGAACCACGCAGUACGGAAAGGAUUCUUUCAUCCAACAGAAUGGGAAACUGACUCCUAUAAUCGCCACAAAUGAUGUUAUGAAUCCCGCGUUUGACGGGGAUGAUGCGUCGCCCAAACAUGACCAAUCGCCCAAACUUGACCGGAUGCAGCAAUAAUCAUCUAUGCAUCGUACUUUCUACAGCUUACAAGAUGUAAUGAACACUAUUUCGAGCAUUACGUAAUUAUUUGAACUCACGGUUGGUACAUGUACAUGUAGGUGUCCCUUUUGCCUUAAGAAAUGGCUGCAUUCUGUGUACCGGAAUAUCCCCAGAUGGAGAACGUGUGGAAGUGUGGAGUUGUAAUCGUACUUCAUUCUCCCGGCCUUUUAUGUUACUAACUAUACGUUGAUGUGGACCAAAGGCUGGAUAUUAGCUUGUGUACAUGUGCAUAUACUUUCAUGUCGUUUGUGUUUGUUUGAUAGUUCCAGUAGUAUAGGCGAUGAAAAUGCACGCAUUUUCUGAAUGUAGCCUUUUCCAGUAUCUGAUAAUUGAUCUGGUCAUGUUUUUAAUGGAUUCUUUUAUUUUUAACAGUUUCAGACCUUUGCUAAUUCACACUGCUCAUCAAUCUAAUAAUUAAUGUUCGAUCUGCACACUUAUUUUUUGCCAUGUCUAUUGGCGCCAGCCGAUUGCGGAGCUGAUAAUAUCAAAAACCUAUUUGGGUCAUAUUACCACCAGAAAAUUUGAAGAGCGUUGCAUAUAAUAGUGUUUCAGCCAAAGGAUCCUGUCCAUUUCUACUUGCGACACUUAGCCACGUUGUUAAUGGAUAUUGGCAUACAUACUUGAUAUCUUUAUGUGGUCUAAAAACCCAUUGCCGCCACUAUUUCAGCUGAUAGUCUGAAAAUGAAUUGUUCUACAGAGCAAUAUUGUACCUGGGACUAUUGGAUUACAUGGCUGAGUUAACUGCUGGACAUGCGCCCGAAUAUGAACGUGCGUUUAGGAAUUUGAAGAGAAAGCUUCAGUGUCCAACAAGGUUAGAAGAAGCCGCCAUAAAAUGAACACAAGAGAACAGAAUAUUUCAAUUAAAGAUUAUUUUAAUAACUCAAACUCGUAUUCCAACGUUGUUAUGAAACGAAGAACAUCUUUCUUUCUCUGAAAAAAAUUUCAUUCAAACGCACUCUGAAGUUUGCCUCGGGAACCCAUUCGCUUUUAACACAUAACCGAAUGUGUACAUUUAGUUGCUUUUGAAUAAGGCGCGAUUCGUAACGUGUCUUCAAGCUCAAUUCAACAGCCAUCUCACUUCGCAGAUUGUGUUUGUCCUGCUUCAAUUCUUCACUAUGAUUCCGAUUCGUCGAAACAUGUCAACAGCAAUUUCCAGGUUGUAACUCAACAAAUAUUUGGAGUCAU